UUAACAGAAGGAGAAAGAGAAAGAGAAAGAGAAAGAGAAAGAGAAAGAGAAAGAGAGAGAGGUUGCAGAGGUUGGUUUUGGUGGCUGGAAGGGGAAAAGCAUAAACCGAAACGGAAGAACCCUAACCUAACUAACCUCUCUCUCUCUUGCUCUCUGUUUGCAAAAAAUAAUGAGCGGUCAAUUAACGAGGAGGAACAGUGGCAACCACAAACGUCCUCCUUCAAUGUCCAAAAAUGGAAUCCCCAGCGAACCUUCCACCAGACCUUCUUCUCCUCCCUCCCUCGAGUCUGAUGGAGGAGAAAGGACGGUUAAGAAGCUUCGGUUAUCCAAAGCCCUCACUAUAUCUGAGGGGACAUCAGUUUCAGACGCAUGUAGGCGAAUGGCAGCUCGGCGUGUUGAUGCUGUUUUGUUGACCGAUUCAAAUGCUUUGCUAUCAGGAAUAAUGACUGACAAGGAUAUUGCUACUAGAGUUAUUGCCGAGGGUUUGCGACCGGAUCAGACAGCGGUUUCUAAAGUAAUGACUCGGAAUCCUCUAUUUGUGUCAUCGGAUACACUGGCCAUUGAAGCUCUUCAGAAGAUGGUCCAAGGUAAAUUCAGGCACCUGCCUGUUGUGGAAAAUGGUGAAGUCAUUGCCAUACUGGAUAUCACCAGAUGUCUUUAUGAUGCCAUAUCUAGGAUGGAGAAGGCUGCCGAGCAGGGGAGUGCCAUUGCUGCUGCAGUUGAAGGCGCGGAACGCCAUCGGGGUAGCAAUGCAUCUGCUCCAAAUGCAUUGUUAGAAACACUGAGAGAGCGGAUAUUCAAGCCUUCCUUGUCAACCCUAAUCGGCGAAAAUACAAAGGUUGCUAUUGCAUCAGCAGCAGAUCCUGUAUAUGUAGCUGCAAAAAAGAUGCAGGAGUUGCGGGUUAAUUCAGCUGUUAUUGUGUCCUUGUCAGGAACCAAGAUUCAGGGGAUACUCACUUCAAAGGACAUACUUAUGCGUGUUGUGGCUCCAAAUCUGUCCCCUGAGUUGACUCUAGUGGAAAAGGUAAUGACUCCAAACCCAGAUUGUGCAACAUUAGAUACAACAAUACUUGAUGCACUUCAUAUGAUGCAUCACGGGAAGUUCUUACAUCUUCCUGUUGUAGAUAGAGAUGGACAUCUUGCUGCUUGCAUUGAUGUUUUGCAGAUAACUCAUGCCGCAAUUUCCCUGGUGGAGAGUAGUUCUGGAGCUGUUAAUGAUGUGGCAAAUACAAUUAUGCAAAAGUUUUGGGACUCAGCUUUUGCUCUAGAGCCACCAGAAGAUUCUGAUACUCAUAGUGAAGUUUCUGGGCUCAUGACGUCAGAUGGGGCAGAUACAGCAAAGUCUGCAUAUCACUCUAUGGGUUUUGGAAAUUCAUUUACCUUCAAAUUUGAGGAUCCCAAUGGUCGCGUGCACCGAUUCAACUGUGGUACUGAACAUGUAGAUGAGCUAGUAUCUGCAGUCAUGCAGAGAGUUAACGUUAAUGACGGAGAACACCCUGUGAUUUUGUACGAGGACGACGAAGGUGAUAGAAUUGUUCUUGGAACUGAUAGUGAUCUUGUUUCUGCUGUCAGCUAUGCUAGAUCUGCAGGAGUGAAGGCUUUAAAGCUGCAUUUGGAAUUCGGCAAUUCAGCCAAACCCACAACACCACAAUCUAUUACAGUCACUAGACAAAAAUAUAGUGUUUUGUCUCUCCGAUCCAGUGUUUUUGCAGGUGCUAUUGUUGUAACAAGCAUUAGUGUAUUAGUCUACCUAAAGCGGUCCAAGUAAUGUGUUUGGCAGUUUAGGCAGCGAAAAAAAGCAAUAAUCGCCCAUUGCAACAAAGGAAAUACUUGGAUACUGACAUAGAAGAGCUUCUCUAAUAUUGAGUCUAUUUAUUUGGGGUAACUAUUUAUCCCAUGAGAUUGAGCGAAAGUGAUUAUUUAAGAUGGUCACUUGUAUUUUUUGUCUCUGAUGUAAUUGCAGUCAAGUCAGUAAUCCUUUCUCCUUAGUCCUUCCGACUGAGAAUAUGUAUAGAUAAUGUCUUGUCGUCAUACAACAAUGAGAAAUGUUGGGGUUCUGCAUUUUUGUUUGAGCUCAAGCGUACUUGCAAUGAUGUCCCACUGCCACAUGAACUUGCAUUUGCAAUUCCUUUAUGGUAGAGUUUCCGUAAUUUAGCCGUCGCCUUUAUUGGUUCUACCUAUAUGUUUUCAUGGUGUGGUUGCGAUGUACGCAGAGGACCGAGGUUGAUUUUUAUUUCAACAAUGAGUGAAUGGUUCUCGAAAGAAUACGAAUGGUUUAAAUGUCUCUAAAUCUUAUUUCUAUUAUUUA